AUGGGUCCACCAGACCCAGCAGCACCUCCUGUGUUCCAUGUGUGCGCUCAGAGUUUGCCAUUCGGUCAGACGGUCGCUAAGAACCCUGUCUACUUCCUGCAGAUGAUAUUGGAUAUGGCCGAAUACGCCAAUCAGCUCAUCAGGCUCAGCAACAAAGGACUGAUUCUGGGCAGUAAGGCUCAGACUGGCGUUGUGCAGUAUGAAGCAGUGGAGCUGCUCUUCUGUCUUUCCUUCUUGCUCGUGCUUUCACAACACCGUCCUCUCUACAAGGAUCUGCUCCCACACCUGCACAAACGGAAGCGCAGUCUAGAGCGACGUCUGGGGGAUCUGAGGCUGGCCAGGGUUCGACAGGCCACUAACCCCAGGACCCCACUCGACUUCAUGGCCAUCCAGAUGUAGACCACCAGCGAGCCCCCAUUACAGCUCCUAACCCAACUAUGAAACCCUCAGCAGCUCAAAGGCAUAGAUCAGUAUUAUGUCUAGCUUGGUUAUCACUGUCAUUGUGUUGUGAGUUUU